AUGUUUCCUACAUUUUCAUUUUGGUUUCUUUUACUCCUUAUUUUCAACUUCUGGCCGAAAACAAUUGCAUUCACCUUAGGAAACCAGACUGAUCAUUUAGCAUUGCUCAAAUUCAAGCAAUUAAUAACCAAUGACCCAUAUGGAAUCCUUGAUUCUUGGAAUGGUUCGAGCCAUUUCUGCAAUUGGCAUGGAAUUACAUGCAAUCUGAAGCAUCAAAGAGUUACAAAAAUAAACUUACCUGGAUACAAGCUGCAUGGAUCCUUAUCUUCUCAUGUGGCUAAUCUCUCUUUUUUGAAGAUUGUCAACCUUGCAGACAACAAGUUCUUUGGAAUAAUCCCACAACAGUUGGGUAACUUGUUACAAUUACAAGAACUCUAUCUCACCAAUAACUCGUUUGAUGGAAAGAUUCCUAUAAACUUGACAAAUUGUUACAAUCUUAUAUACUUAAACUUGAGACGAAACAAUUUGAUUGGAAAAAUACCAAUUGAAAUUGGCUUUCUUCAAAAGCUUCAAAAAUUGAGUGUUAGCGGGAACAAUUUGAUCGGAGGAGUCCCAGCAAGCAUAGGGAAUCUUUCAUUAUUAACAGAUCUUUCAGUUCCUUAUAACAAUUUAGAGGGAGAUAUUCCACAAGAAAUAUGCCGCCUCAAAAAGUUGACAGUCAUGGUAUUAUCAGUCAACUACUUGUCUGGCACAUUUCCUCUUUGCAUAUACAAUAUGUCAUCUCUUACUACGAUCUCUGCUGCACAAAAUCAAUUUAACGGCUCUCUUCCAGCCAACAUGUUUAACAACCUCCCCAAUCUCCAAGUGUUUUCAAUUGGUGGUAAUAAUGUCUCAGGUCUAAUGCCCAUUUCUAUUGCAAAUGCUUCUACCCUGACGGUACUUGGUGUCAGCAAAAACUAUUUUGUCGGAAAAGUUCCAAGUUUUGGGAGGCUAAAAUAUCUUUGGUGGAUAAAUUUGGAAAUAAAUAAUUUUGGUUACAAUUCACGUAAUGACUUAGAAUUUUUGAAAUCAUUGAUAAACUGUAGUAAGUUGGAAGUGGUUUCUUUAUCCUAUAAUAAUUUUGGAGGUAGUUUGUCAAGUUCCAUAGGCAACUUAUCCACCCAACUUAGUCGACUAUAUCUUGGGUAUAAUCAAAUAUAUGGGAAAAUUCCUUUAGAAUUAGGAAAUCUAAAUAGUUUAAUUCUCUUAAACAUGCAAGAUAAUCAUUUUGAAGGGAGAAUUCCUUCAUCUAUCAGGAAGCUUCAAAAGCUGCAAGUGUUAAAUUUGGGUGGGAACAGGUUGUCAGGUGAAAUACCAUCCUUUAUAGGAAACCUCAGUCGACUGUUUCGUUUGACUUUACGAAAUAAUAUGUUAGAGGGAACUAUUCCUUCAAGUAUAGGGAACUGCCAAAACAUACAAAUGUUAAACCUUUCAAAAAACAACCUUAGAGGAGUCAUACCCCCAGAGGUCUUCAGCAUUUCAUCUUUAACAAUAGGAUUGUUCUUAUCACAAAACUUUUUGAGUGGCAGCCUACCUGAUGAACUCGGCCAUCUACAAAAUAUUGUGACGAUUGAUGUCUCUAAAAAUCGUUUGUCUGGUAAAAUUCCUAUAACCUUGGGGAAAUGCAUAUGCUUAGAAUACCUUAUUUUGGCAGGGAAUUCAUUCAAUGGAAGCAUACCUCACUCUUUGGAAUCUCUCAAAGUUCUUAAAGUGUUGGAUCUUUCUAAAAAUCAACUAUCUGGGUUGAUUCCAAAAGCUUUGCAAAAUAUUCCUUUCUUUGAAUAUUUCAUUGUAUCGUUCAACAUGUUGGAAGGAGAGGUACCAACUAAAGGUGUCUUUAGAAAUGCAAGUGCAUUUACAGUGAUUGGAAACAAUAAGCUUUGUGGAGGAAUUUUGGAGUUACAUCUACCACCAUGCCCUAUUAAAGGUACAAAACACUAUAAUUUGAAGUUGAUGGCAGGGAUAGUUAGUGUAGUUUCUUUUCUUUUCAUUAUGCUAUCUAUUCUGACAAUCUAUUGGAGGAGGGGAACGAUAAAAAAACCAUCUUUUGAUUCACCAAUAAUUGAUCAGAUGAUUAAGGUUUCGUACCAAAACCUACACAGGGCAACCAAUGGGUUCUCGAAAAGCAACUUGAUAGGAUCUGGAAAUUUUGGUUCUGUCUACAAAGGAACACUUGAGUCGAUAGAAGGAUUUGUUGCCAUAAAAGUCCUAAACCUUACAAAGAAGGGAUCUCACAAGAGUUUCAUUGCUGAAUGUAACGCGCUAAAACAUAUUAGACACCGGAAUCUAGUAAAAAUUCUGACAUGCUGUUCCAGCACAGAUUAUAAAGGAGGUGAGUUUAAAGCUCUUGCAUUUGAGUACAUGAGAAAUGGAAACUUAGAAAGUUGGUUGCAUCCCACAACAGAAAUGACAGAUGAGCCCAGAUCAUUAAAUCUAGAGCAAAGGUUCAAUAUUAUUAUUGAUGUUGCGUCAGCGUUUUGUUAUCUUCACUACGAAUGCGAGCAACCUGUCAUUCAUUGUGAUUUAAAGCCAGCAAAUGUUCUUCUUAAUGACUCCCUGGUAGCACAAGUGAGUGAUUUUGGCUUAGCAAGAUUGGUCUCAAGUGCCAGUAUCUCUCUGAAGCAAAGUAGCACAAUUGGAGUGAUGGGGACAGUUGGAUAUGCACCCCUAGAGUACGGAAUGGGUUUGGAAGUGUCGAUUGAAGGCGACACGUAUAGUUUUGGAAUACUGGUAUUAGAAAUAUUAACUGGAAGGAGACCCACAGAUGAAAUGUUUAAAGAUGAUCAUAAUCUCCAUAAUUAUGUGAAACACUCAAUUCCAAAUCACCUUUUCCAGAUUGUGGACCGGUCUCUUCUCCCCAUUGAAUUAGAAAACAAUAGUGAGAAUGGGAACUCUUGUAGUAUAGAUCCUAAUGUAGAAAAAUGUCUACUUUCAAUAUUUAGGAUUGCACUUUCUUGUUCAGUGGAAUCACCAAAAGAAAGAAUGAACAUGGUCGAUGUUAUAAAGGAACUCAACAUCAUUAAAAGUUUCUUUCCUACCGAGGUUCAACGAAGGCAAGGUGCAUUACAACCACAAAUCACAUGA